AUGUCGUUCUUCAUGUUUUUUGUGUUCACUGUGGGAAGUUUUAUCAAUACUCUUACGGUUCUGUGCACUAUUCAAUACAAAAAACUGCGGUCCCAUCUUAACUACAUCCUGGUCAAUCUAGCCAUCUCCAACCUCCUAGUCUCCCUGGUGGGCUCCUCCACCACCUGCGUCACUUUUGCGUUCAAAUAUUUCGUUUUUGGGCCACUCGUUUGUAAGAUUGAAGGCUUUCUGGUGACACUUGGGGGUAUGGUGAGUCUGUGGUCUUUGGCUGUGGUUGCCUUUGAACGAUGGCUGGUCAUCUGUAAACCUUUGGGGAACUUUAUCUUCAAGCCAGAUCACGCUGCAGCUUGCUGUGUUUUCACAUGGAUCAUUGCAUUGGUUGCUUCUGCACCUCCUCUAUUUGGAUGGAGCAGGUACAUUCCUGAGGGGCUCCAGUGCUCCUGUGGUCCAGACUGGUACACCAGCAACAACAAGUACAACAACGAAUCCUAUGUGAUGUUCCUCUUCUGCUUCUGCUUUGCGGUGCCACUCGCCACCAUCAUUUUCUGCUAUGCUCAGCUGCUCAUCACCAUGAAAAUGGCGGCUAAAGCACAGGCCGAUUCAGCCUCUACCCAGAAGGCCGAGCGGGAGGUGACGCGCAUGGUGGUCAUCAUGGUGUUUGGCUUCCUGGUGUGCUGGCUGCCUUACGCCUCCUUUGCCCUGUGGGUGGUCAAUAAUCGGGGGCAGACUUUCGACCUGAGAUUUGCCACUAUCCCCUCUGUGUUUUCAAAGGGUUCCGCCGUUUACAACCCAGUCAUCUACAUUCUGCUCAACAAGCAGUUCCGCUCUUGCAUGAAGAAGAUGCUGGGAAUGAGUGGGGGGGAAGAUGAGGAUUCCUCUUCCACGUCUUCUGUGACAGAAGUGUCCAAAGUUGGCCCUGCUUAA